UCACAUUGUAGACGAAUUUCAUUGCCUGUGAAUUUUUUGGUUUUAUUCCACGAAAUUUUACGUUUUCCCGAUUUUCCUCGAAGGAGCAAUGAAAGAAGGACGUGAAAAUACUUUCACAUGAAUUCUAGAAUAUUUCGGCGGUCUUUGCAAGUAGUGUUAGUGCAGAAUUUGCGAAAAUACUCCAAAAAUCCCGCAGAUAACCUAAAAAAUCUCCUGUUGAAUAUGCCCCGGGACACGAAGCACAUCCAGGAAGCUCAGAAGCACCGUAUCCGGAUACGGGAAAAGGGCACCAAGUACAUUCCUGGUACUGUGACACUUCAGGUGCUGGGAACCGGAGCUCCGGGGAGUCCUGCAUGCGUUUACAUCUUCACGGAUCAAUCACGGUAUUUGUUCAACUGUGGCGAAGGAACUCAGAGAUUAGCUCAUGAGCAUAAAACGAAGCUGGCACGAUUGGAGCAUAUUUUCAUUACACAAACCACGUGGAGGCAUGUUGGUGGUUUGCCGGGACUUAGUUUGACAAUUCAGGAUGCCGGUGUGCCGGAAGUCACCCUCCAUGGGCCUCCUGGUCUUGAGGAGAUAUUCCGUGCUAUGAGACGUUUUGUUGUGCUGCGGGAUUUGAAAGUGCAUGCAAUUGAAUGUGAAUCAUCCCUUUUCUAUGAGGACAAUGUUAUGCGAGUUGAUUAUGUCCCAUUGAUCCCCAAAGGACGUUCUGAGAUGUGUGAAAGUAUCGAGAUGCCAGAAGCUAUGAACGUUGAUGAGACUGAUUACUAUUCCCAUGAAAAGGGAUCAAACAUGAAUAGCGGGAGAAAUUCUCAGGAAAGUGAAGCUCAGGGAAAUUCUGUAAAGCAGAAGCCCAUCCGGAAGUACGUUGUGUCGUAUAUUUGCAAAUUGAAGCCACGUCCGGGGGUGUUAAGCUUGGAAAAGUGCGUCGAUCGAGGAGUUCCUCCGGGACCUUUGCUUGGUCAGCUGAAGAAUGGCAUUGAUGUGACUCUGCCCAAUGGGGUGCUCGUCAAGGCGGAUGAAGUACGUGGACCAGAUGACAAAGGACCCCUUUUUAUAUUUAUCGAUAUUCCGGAUGAGGAAUACCUCCAAUGCUUGAUGGAGAACAAGCAUGUCUUUGCAAAGCAUCAGGCAACAGCAACUGAAGAGGAGAGUGUUGCAGCUGUUGUGGUUCACUUCACCCCCAAGGAAAUUGUUGAGAGGAAGGAAUAUAUAGAAUUUAUGGAUGAUUUCACGCCCAGCACGAAACACAUCAUCCUCAAUGAGAGCAACAAUUCUUCCGGGAAUAUUUCUGUACACCGAAUCCAGUGGCAAUUGAAUCAACUAAACAAUCUGAUUUUCCCAAUCCUUGCUGAGCAGAAUGCAACAAAUUCCAGCGUCCCUUCCAUGGCUUCCUUCUGUCUGCGUCCACGUAAAGGCUACGACACGAGUUUGGAGCCCAAAAUUGUCCAUGAAGAGUACAUUGAUGAGGUGUUCAAAGUGCAUGGCUUCAGCGACGCCUUGGGCGCACUGAAGAAGCAACAAAUGGACAAAUUGGCCAGGAUUCGUCAAGUUCGCGAUGGACAAUUUCCCAAAUUCCUCUUCCUCGGCACGGGAUCGUGUAUUCCCAACAAGACGCGCAAUGUGAGUGCAAUUUUCGUUGAGACAAGCAAAGAUUCAUCAUUUUUGCUCGACUGCGGCGAAGGCACCCUUGGCCAGAUGCUGAGAUUCUAUGGGAAUGAGAAAGGAAGAGCCAUGCUGAGGAAUUUGAAGGCAAUUUACAUUUCACACCUUCAUGCUGAUCACCACAUUGGACUAAUUGGGAUUCUCCGGGCGAGGCGGAGGUGUUUUGAGGAAUUCCACGAGGAUGAUCGUUUGCUCCUUCUGGCUCCACUGCAAAUAUCCUCGUGGCUUUCAUUCUUCAGUCAACACAUUGAGAAGAUUUCUGAUGACUUUCUUCUCUGCCCAAAUGCCGAAAUGAUCCCUACGCCUCUGAGGAAUGAGAAGCUAAUGGAGAUGGGAAUUGAGGGUGUAUCAACAUGCCUUGUCCCCCACUGCCCUCAUUCCUUUGGGGUAGCUGUGAACUUGACAAAUGGCAUGAAGAUCACCUACAGCGGUGAUACGAAGCCCUCAAAGGAACUCGUUGAGCUCGGAAGAGACUCCACAGUGUUGAUCCACGAAGCAACGAUGGAGGAUGAAUUGGAGCAUGAGGCUCUUGUUAAAAUGCACAGCACUGUGUCACAGGCAAUUGAUCAGGGUAAAGCCAUGAAUGCCAAAUACACCAUUCUCACGCAUUUCAGCCAGAGAUAUGCGAAAUUGCCGAGAAUUGAUGCCUUGGAGCGGAAUGUUGGGAUUGCCUUUGAUAAUAUGCAAGUUACCAUUGAGGAGCUGGAACUCCUGCCACCCAUGCAUGAAGCCCUUAAGCUGAUGUUUUCGGAGCAUUGCGAGGAGAUGGAACAGAAAGCCCUCAAGAGAGCCUACAAGAAGCAAAGACUCACCAAUUCACGAAGCUCCAGUCCAACAGCUAAAACCUAACCCGGGGCGGCGUUUAAAUCUUUGGCAGGAGGGACACCAGGAAGAUCCACACGGAAAGGAUACAAUUCUCAUACGGAUGAAUGUGCACGGCAAGAGCAAACUCCACGCGAUUGUCGAGAUUCAAGUGCAUCCCGGUGCUCUUGACACGCUCCACAAUCUGCGAGAGGCUGUAGUAGGGGACAUUCAGGGGGAAUCCUGCUGCCUGGAAGAGCCGGAAAAACUUGCAAAAAAUUGUAUGUAAAAGUAAAUUAAAGCCAGAAACUCUUCUCACCCUAAA